UAAACUCCCUCCCUCUGAGCGCUGUCCGUCUCCGCCGCUGCGAGCCCUCAGUGUCUGGAUCUAUGUUGUAGUUAGAUGGGCUAGAUGCCACACGUCGUUAGCCUACAGGCUGCAAAGGUUGAAAGUUUGAUACCCAGUUUUUUGCCGUGUUACUUCUUUUUUGGUGCUUUUUUCUCCUCUGCUUGGAUACUACUGACUUAGGCAUUGGAUAUGUGCACACAAGAUGAUGACAACCCCUUUCCUCCCCGUAGAAGUAAAAUAAAAUAGGCUUUCGCACACACUGGAUUUACUCCUGUCGUUCCAUAUGAAGAAGUCAAAAGUUCAUGAAGGGGAGUCACUGCUUCGGGAUGAAUACAGAUUUUUCACUCAAGCUGUGAAACUCACUUGGCCCUCAGUUCUCGCUGCCCUGAGCGACCUGAAAAGGGAAAUCAGCAGUAGCGUCACAAGUAACAGCAGCAGACGAUAGUGCUGCAGAUGACAGCAUGGUGGUAUGAGAGCAUGAGAACAUGUGGUUUUACACGAUUUGGAUACGCGUCUGUGUCUAUUUACUGCUGUUCAUCACGCUUGGGGUACAUUCAAGUAAAUUUGACGUCAACCCAGUGACAGAUGACAUCUCUAGACUCUCUGUUUUGAGACAAAAUAUUCCUAAAGAUUACAAAAUUCCUGUACAUUACGUUCCAAAAGAAGAGGGAGGGAUGUGUUGGGUAAAAUUAAACGUCUUCUACCUGGAGGAGAGUUUACAAGAUUUAGCACAUAAGUUUGGAAACAUUUCAUCCAACAGAAAAGAUAUUAGCAUAUUCAUCCAAAUGCUCCAAGAACUGCGGCUCAACAUGGGGUCUUUGGAGCCGAUCAUGUAUGAUUUUGAGUGCCACUACAGGGAAGAGAGGUGGCAGACAGCACAAUACUUUGACUUUGUCAAAGACUUUCUUUUAGCUGCACAGAGUAGAGAAGAUUCAGAUGACUGUUAUCCUCCUCCCUGUCCCACCACAUCGUACACAGGAGGAUAUAUAAAAGCAUCGUCCCCGUCCAGCAGUACAGGCUCAGGUUGUCUGACAGACUGCAAGGAACCCCCAGUACAUAAACCAAGAUUCCUGCCUGUGGUGGUGGAGCGAAGCCUGCUCUCCUUACUGUUCAUUCCACUCAUAGCCCUCGUAUUCCUGCUUGUGUGGAAGGUCCGAUCACGAAGGAACGAGGAGGAUCUUGAACAGAAUCCUGGAGCAGGUGGACUCUUCACAGGAACAGAAGGGACUGCACCUCCAUUAGAUGAAAUAUCAGAAAAAAACAAGUUGAACGUCAUUGAAACGGUGUAAUGCUUUUCUACCCUUCGAUGUUCUUCAGCAUAAUUGGGCUCUACUUUUUUCUUCUGUUGGUGUCCAAAGGUGAUGAAAAACAACCAUGAAGCUGACUUCCAUAGUGAGAUCUCAGAGGUGAAAGGCCUGUUUUUGACUGCUCUCCAGAUUUACGACGGCAGAUCCUCGAUCGCCGCCACCAAGAUUUUUCUGGUUAAAUCAUGCCUGCUACUGUAUGGAUAAGCUUGCCUUUCUUGUAAGACUGCAUUAACCCCAUGCUUUUGAAAAAGACUGUGAGAUUUUGGCAGAGAGAAAUCCCCGUGCCACGCCCUGCAAAUUGUCCAUCAGAACCUGCUGCGUCAUGAACUCUUUGGGGAAAACUUUGCUGCCCCAUCAGCACGUUGCCACUGUCUGCCUGUGUUUUUUGGGCCCACCAGUUCAUCUUCAAACAGCAGAGCAGAGUGUGACUGACACUGGUUAUCUCUUGUAUGAACUGAGGCAUGAAUUACUACCUCCGGUAACCCUCACGCUAACCAUAUCCUCAACAGCUCUACAGUUUCCUCUUAGUCUGGGGUUUCCCAAAGAAUAUAAUAUUAAACAUUGUAGUUCCAAGGUGUAGUCACAUGUCAGGUUUAGCCAUGUACCCAUGGGGGUGUAUGAUGUAUUUAUUUAUUGGUGGUGGCACUGAGCUGCUGCUGUUGAUACAACUGAAAUGUUUCAAGCGAUCAUUUAAGAGCACCUUUACUAAUGGGUCACAUUUAAAGAACAAUCUGUAUACUAACACGUCAUAAACCCAAAAACACCUGAACAAGUGACAUUUCCUUGUAUGAUGAUGAUGUUGUUGUUGUUGUUGUUGUUGGCAUAUAUGGCUUGGGUGAUUUAGGCUGUGUGAAUGGAUUACAUGGAAAAAAUAUAUAUAUAAAAAUAAAAUAUACAAAAUAUGCUACUUUGACUAACGUACAUUUAGACCAUUCAAAUCUGCAAUGACAUUCUGCUAAUGAGUAUCAGGGAUCUGUGGAUUCAAAGUGUAGGUGUCAGAUACAUGUAAGACAACGAUGGACCUCCCAUAGUAAGUGUUAGCGAAACAAUGCCUUUAUUUUUUACUGAUCUCUUCUUUAUGCUUGUGUUACAGGAGAGAUUUGUGACAGCCAUUCUUCUAUGGAAGGGAAAGAAACUAAAAUGCUGAAUUUGUAAAACGCAGUUUGUACUAAGGAAGGUUAUGUUGUGAUUGAUGGAUACAAAUGUCAUAUAAUAUAAUAUUUGACAGUUCAUUCAACAACCAAAUAUACUUGCGAAUCAAUCCCAUCAGUUCAGACUGUUCAUUCAUGAGGUUUAAUGUCUCUACUAACUUUGCCUUUGUCUCCAGUAUCAGUGUGUUGCUUGCAAAAUAAAACUCAUUGUAGACAAUCUGUACAAAGUUAGUUAGUGCGUUUAUCAAGAUUCACACGCUGAUGAAAUGCUGAAGGAUGAUGCCACUAAUGAUUAACUUUACAGACUUGCACCUUGGUUAUUUUCACAAUCCACACAGCUCGCCACAUGGGAAUACCGUGCAGACCUACAUAUCAGUUUUUGCCUUAAAGUCGCGCCAUAAUACACUGUCAAAGAAGUGCACUGUCAUCUCCUUCACAUACUGAACUGUAGCAUGAUGGUGCAACUUUCAAAAAAAAUUUCUUUCAAAGAAAUGUGAUUCUCUCUCGGUACACAAGAUCCACAUGAAGGGCAGGAAAUCAAAGUCAAAUCCAAACGGUUGACAGUCAGGUCGUUAAAUUCACAUGUAUCCAGCUAUUACAAUUGCUGAAGCCCUCUGGCUCAUUCCAGUAUUAAAUCAAUGGGCCCUUCCCUGCCUCCUCUCCUUAAUGCACUCGGAUCCGAUAAGUUAAGAGCUGGAGGUGCUCCCUGUCUCAGUGGGAACGGAUCUUAUCAGAGCUGCGAGGAGAAAGGCAACAAGUUUAGAAACUUCUAAAGAGCAGCUGACAAAGCCUUGCCCAAACACAAAGUAUAUCAGUAAUGGGUUAUAGGUAUUAAUUGAUUAUCAUGAAGAGGUAGGAGUGUGAACAGGGCACGCUGGUUGUGACCUUUCCCAUCAGGCCGCCCUGCUGCGACUAGCUGACACUGACCAACGUGGCAGGACACGAACAUCUGUUUCUGUGUGUAGUUUGAGUCUUUCUAUCAUGUUUGUGGUCUUACGUUGUACCAUGUCCAUUCUUGGUUUUGUGCCUUGUUUGAUUAGUGUGAUUGGCUCCAUGUGUAAAUGUUAAAAGCCUGUCUGUGUUUCUGUGCAGUAGCAGAAAGUGGAGAAAUCAUUACAGGGCAGAUUAGAAUAAUCUCACCACAGUAGCCCAACAGAUUUGAUCCCCAGUCUCUUUCUCUCUUUCUCUGUCUCCCUCUACUACUCUGUCUCUUCUUUAAAAACAAAAUGAACUUCAAACCAUGACAGUUUAGUUGGCUUGACCUAUGCCCAGAUAUAAUCCGGGAGACAAUUCUCUGGAAACGCAGAAAAAACUCUAUUGGCAGAACAAUCUGCAGUGGUUGUGACAUUUCUGUCCACACGUGACAUUUUAGCCUUUGUAACCUUUAGGAAACAGUUCAGCUGGUAACUCCGCUUCUUUCAUGUGUAUUUGGGACUAUAUGUUGGGAAUUUUUGUUAUAGGAGACGAGAGUAUAUUGUGCUAAACUGAAUCUGUGUUUGAAAAAAAAAAAAAAAAACGUAUACCACAUUGGUUCAUUGUUCAUAUAGUUCAGAGCAACAGUACCUUUCAGCAUCAAUAGCUGGAAUUCUUUGGUGUGGUGAAGUAUUGUUUGUUGUGUUGAACUGCAAGUUAAUUUUAUUCACUCCAAAAUGCAUCUUUGAAGAACACUAUUAAUGGCGACAUAUUCUAUGGCAGUUUAGAGUUGAGUCUGUGUUAGAAAAAGUAUACCACAUUGGUGUUCAUUUAGUCCACAGCAACAGUACUUUUAGCAGGACAAUCUGAAAUUAGCGAUGUAGUAAAGUACUGUUAUUUCAAAACUUUUAGCCAAUCACGUCCAUUCAAAAAUGCAUUUUUGAACACUAUCGGAACAUACUAUCUAUGGCGGUUUAGACCUGAGACUUUUUCUUCGAUCAUCUUUAGGUUUUGCUUCUCUACAUGAAGACUAUUAUGUGCAGUGCCCAGUAUUCUGACAGAGACACAGGCUAGUCUAGCCACACACUAACUAACAAAACAAGGUAUACUAUGUCAAAAGUUGCUUUUUAUACAUAGUCUAUGAAUAUCAUGAGCUGCAUCAGGUCUAAGCUGUGAACAAAAAAAAAUCUCUAUAUAUAUGUAUAUGUAUAUGUAUGUGUAUAUAUAUAUAUAUAUAUAUAUAUAUAUAUAUAUAUAUAACAUGGUCUCCCAUUUUCCUGUCUAUGCAAGAGCCACAAACAGUCUGUAUGUCUGAUGCAUGGAAGCCAGAAACUGAGCGAUUUCAUGCAUUAGUCAAAGAAUGACUGCCCUUAAAUACUGUUCCUAUGUGGGUUGUUGUGUGGUCUGGGCGUGAGCGGAGCUGCAUCCAGAACAGUGCUUUCGGGCUCGAGUGAUCCAAUCCAUCCCGCUUCAGUGGGUGAAUCAAACGGCUCUAGGCAGGAAAUAAGUCUGGGUGCCAAAAAAGCAAAUGUAAUUAUUACCCAGUUGGUAUUCUGGGUAAAAACUCUACUGUAUUCUGUAUUUUUGUAUAAAUGUAAACAAACAUAUAUGAGAUAUGAAUAAAGUACACGUAUCCAACUGUUA